AUGCUGCUGCGAGUCAUACAGAAGGGAGGUGAGGCUGCGACCCUCGAAGCGUUGCACCGCGCCAGCGACUGGGAUCUCAACGCGCGGGCCGAGGGCGCCGGUCUCUUGCACUACGCGGCAGCGGCGGGAUUUGCGGAGGUGUGCCUGGAACUCUUGGAGGCACCCACCUUCCUGGCGGUGAAUGAUCAGGAUGCCCAGGGCUGCACCGCUCUGCACUACGCGGCCUGCAAAGGCCGCCUGGCCUCAUGUCGGGUUCUGCUGGACCAUUGGCGCUUCGCGGCACACAAUGUGCAAGAUUGGAAUGGAUGGACAGCUCUCCAUGCUGCGGCUGCACAUGGGCAAAGUGAAGUGUGCCUCACCAUUCUCAACAGUGCACGCUUUCAAGUUGCCACUGCUCGGGACAAGGAUGGUAUGACAGCGUUACACUUGGCAACCUCCCGUGGCUUCGGACAGAUCUGCGCGGGCUUGCUCCAGCACAAGGCCUUCAGCGGGACAUCCAGCGUUGACAACUUUGGCCGCACUGUCCACGCCAUGCGAGGAGAUGCUCUUCUAAAGGACAAGGGGAUGCAAACGGUGCAGUUGCCGGAGAAGAAGAAGGUGGCAGCGGCAAAGUUGCAUCCCGCGGAUCCUUUGAAAUGGCAAUCCCUGGCGAGAUGGACUUCGCAAUUGGAGAAAAUGCAGGAGGCAGAAGAGGCGGCGCGACUCAAGGCCGAAGAGGAGGCCAAAGCAAAGGCAGAAGAGGACGCCAGGCGCAAGGCGGAAGAAGAGGAGGCGCGACUCUUUGCCGAAGAGGAGGCGCAAGCCAAGGCCAAAGAAGAGGCCAAAGCCAAGGCAGAAGGGGACGCCAGGCGCAAGACAGAAGAGGAGGCGCAACUCAAGGCCGAAGAGGAGGCCAAAGCCAAGACAGAAGAGGAGGCGCGGCUCAAGGCCGAAGAGGAGGCGCAACCCAAGGCCAAAGAAGAGGCCAGAGCCAAUGCAGAAGGGGACGCCAGGCGCAAGACAGAAGAGGAGGCGCGACUCAAGGCCGAAGAGGAGGCCAAAGCCAAGACAGAAGAGGAGGCGCGACUCAAGGCUGAAGAGGAGGCGCGACCCAAGACCAAAGAAGAGGCCAAAGCCAAGGCAGAAGAGGCCAGACUCAAGGGAGAAGAGGAGGCGCGACCCACGGCUGAACAAGAGGCCAGAGCAAAGGGAAAAGAGGAGGCGCCACCCAAGGCCAAGGAAGAGGCCAAAGCCAAGGCAGAAGGGGACGCCAGGCGCAAGACAGAAGAGGAGGCGCGACUCAAGGCCGAAGAAGAGGCCAAAGCAAAGGGAAAAGAGGAGGCGCCACCCAAGGCCAAGGAAGAGGCCAAAGCCAAGGCAGAAGAGGAGGCGCGACUCAAGGCCGAAGAGGAGGCCAAAGCAAAGGGAAAAGAGGAGGCGCCACCCAAGGCCAAAGAAGAGGCCAAAGCCAAGGCAGAAGAGGAGGCUCGACCAAAGGCAGAAGAGGAGGCGCGACUCAAGGCUGCAGAAGAGGCCAGACUCAAGGGAGAAGAGGAGGCGCGACCCACGGCUGAACAAGAGGCCAGAGCCAAGGCAAAAGAGGAGUCGCGACUCAAGGCUGAAGAAGAGGCCAAAGCCAAGGCAAAAGAGGAGGGACGACCCAAGGCCGAAGAAGAGGCCAGAGUCAAGGCAGAGGAGGAGGCGCCGCUUAAGGCCGAAGAGGCCAGACUCAAGGCAGAAGACGAAGCGCGGGCCAAAGUUGCAGCUGAAGGCGAAGGCCAAGUCGAGGAGGGUGAGGCAAACGGUGAUGCCGCGUCAUCCCAUGGAUCUGGGGGAGAAGCAGAAGCAGGCGAUGCCCAUGCAGCUAAGCCCAAGAAAAAGAAGGCUAAGGCCAAAGCUGGAGCUGCAAAGAAAGGCAAGGUGCAGGGCACUACAAUUACAGUGAAUGGCUUGUCCAUGCGAGCUGGAGAGAGCGCAAGCAAGAAACCAGGGGCAGCUGAAGAGAUGUCUACUGUGGAGGCUACAACUCCCAAAGAUUCGAGUAGAAAGGAGGCAGCGCAGGCACCGGCUACGAAGACGGAUGUGGUCAAGAUUCAGUGGAUCUGGGUGAUUGUGCGCUUGAAGAUGGGAGUCAAGCGAUGGAAAAGGUUCAUGCACAACCGCCUCAGAAAGCAAAGGCGAUUAAACUUGAACAAAAAGCGAGCUGCUGAUGAUUUGCCUCAGCGAACACUGCGCAAUCGCCUCGCAGAGCCAAAAACAUCCCAAGAUGCAGAAAAGACACCAGCACUGGCAGAAAACGAAACGGCUGCACCAGAGGCAGAAACCAACGCCACGGCAGAAGAGGAGGCCAGACUCAAGGCAGAAGAGGAGGCGCGACUCAAGGCCGAAGAAGAGGCCAAAGCCAAGGCAGAAGAGGAGGCCAGACUCAAGGCAGCAGAGGAGGCGCGACUCAAGGCCGAAGAAGAGGCCAAAGCCAAGGCAGAAGAGGAGGCCAGACUCAAGGCAGAAGAGGAGGCGCGACUCAAGGCCGAAGAAGAGGCCAAAGCCAAGGCAGAAGAGGAGGCCAGACUCAAGGCAGAAGAGGAGGCGCGACUCAAGGCCGAAGAAGAGGCCAAAGCCAAGGCAGAAGAGGAGGCCAGACUCAAGGCAGAACAGGAGGCGCGACUCAAGGCCGAAGAGGAGGCGCGACUCAAGGCUGAAAAAGAGGCCAAAGCCCAGGCAGAAGAGGCCAGACUCAAGGCAGAAGAGGAGGCCAGACUCAAGGCCGAAGAAGAGGCCAGGCUCAAGGCAGAAGAGGACGCGCAACUCAAGGCCGAAGAAGAGGCCAAAGCCAAGGCAGAAGAAGAGGCGCGACUCAAGGCCAAAGCCAAGGCAGAAGAGGAGGCGCGACUCAAGGCCGACGAGGAGGCCAAAGCCAAGGCAGAAGAGGAAGAGGAGGCGCGACUCAAGGCAGAAGAGGAGGCCAAAGCCAAAGCACAAGAGGCGGCCAGACUCAAGGCAGAAGAGGAGGCCAGACUCAAGGCCGAAGAAGAGGCAAAAGCCAAGGCAGAAGAAGAGGCCAGGCUCAAGGCAGAAGAAGAGGCCAAAGCCAAGGCAGAAGAGGAGGCCAGACUCAAGGCCACAGAAGAGGCCAAAGCCCAGGCAGAAGAGGCCAGACUCAAGGCAGAAGAGGAGGCCAGACUCAAGGCCGAAGAAGAGGCCAAAGCCAAGGCAGAAGAAGAGGCCAGGCUCAAGGCAGAAGAGGAGGCGCGACUCAAGGCCGAAGAAGAGGCCAAAGCCAAGGCAGAAGAAGAGCGACUCAAGGCCAAAGCCAAGGCAGAAGAGGAGGCGCGACUCAAGGCCGAAGAAGAGGCCAAAGCCAAGGCAGAAGAAGAGGCGCGACUCAAGGCCAAAGCCAAGGCAGAUCAGGAGGCCAGACUCAAGGCCGAAGAAGAGGCCAGGCUCAAGGCAGAAGAGGAGGCGCGACUCAAGGCUGAAGCAGAGGCGAAGGCCAAGGCAGAAGAGGAGGCUAGACUCAAGGCAGCAGAGGAGGCGCGGCUUAAGGCCGAAGAGGCCAGACUCAAGGCAGAAGAAGAAGCGCGGGCCAAAGCCGCAGCUGAACGCCAAGUCGAGGAGGGUGAGGCAAACGGUGAUGCCGAGUCAUCCCAUGGAUCUGGGGGAGAAGCAGAAGCAGGCGAUGCCCAGGCAACCAAGCCCAAGAAAAAGAAGAAGGCUAAGGCCAAAGCUGGAGCUGCAAAGAAAGGCAAGGCGCAGGGAACUACAAUUACAGUGAAUGGCUUGUCCAUGCGAACUACCUAA